AUGAUAUUCAAAAUCGGUUCUACACUGCCCAAAGACCAUCUGGACCUGAAGUCACCGAAGUUCUCAGUUGGAGCGGAUAAAGAAAAAAAGUGGUAUCUGAGACUGAAAUCUGCAAGUGAUCCGGAUGAAGACAAAACUUGGUUGUCUUUAUCCCUGCACUACUCAUCUUCGAAAGAAUCAGACGUCAAGAUAAAGUAUUUUGUGUUUAUUUUAAAUGAUAAAAAAGAAAGAGUAAAUGUUUCUGAAUUUCAUAAAUGUUUUAAAAAUGACGGCGACAGUUGGACCUGUGCUGAGUUUCUCCAGAAAGCAGACCUGGAAGAAAAGAAGAAAGAGCUUCUUCCGUAUGAUACACUGACAAUCGGAGUAGAACUUAUAGUUGCUGAUUAUAAGAGACUCUUUGAAAGCAAAAAAGGCUGCGACGUUGUCAUCAAGGUAAAAGAUGAGACUUUUGAAGCUCACAAGGCGAUCUUGAUGGUACGCAGCGAAGUGUUCUUCAAGUUGUUUACUGUUGAGAUGAAGGAGAAAGGAAAAUAUUGUAUCUCUGUCAGACAUCGAACCUGA